AGCUGGUUGAAACGACAUUUAAACGCAAUAAAUUAUACAAAAUCUUUUGAUUCUUUUCAAUUUUGCAUCUUUAUAAUUAUAAUAGUUAUCUAAAGUAUUCUACGAUGUCCUAUGCUUAUUUGUUUAAAUACAUAAUAAUAGGAGAUACGGGUGUAGGAAAAUCAUGCCUCCUUCUACAGUUCACAGAUAAACGUUUUCAGCCUGUUCAUGAUCUCACAAUUGGAGUUGAAUUUGGUGCACGAAUGAUAACUAUUGAUGGAAAACAAAUAAAACUUCAAAUUUGGGAUACAGCGGGUCAGGAAGCCUUCAGAGACACUCAAAAGGACCGAGUUUCAAUCGUAAUAAAACAGGAAAGAAAAUCUACAGCAAGCCAAGGAGGAACUGAUACUGUCAAGCCAUCGUAUUCCAGCAUAUCAAAAAAGCUUGUGCCUAUCACCAGCGUUCAGAUUUUGGAAGCCGGUACUAAUCAGGAAAUAUUUAAAGUUAAAGUUCGUAAAUUUCUUCCUACAUACCGUUUAGAUUCACAAAAUCCUUUUAAUGCGGAAAAAGCAUAUAAAGUAACGCAAACAGUGGUUGAUGAUGCCCUCGAAGAUGCUGUAUAUGACCCAAAAGAUUCACUCGGAUAUAUUAAAGUAAUUGGUAGAGAAAUACGCAGACGACUAAAACGUGAAAAUUAUGACCGUUAUAGGAUAGUCAUAUUCAUAAUCAUUGGACAGAAGAAAAUGCAAGGGAUUCAAAGCCGCAGUUAUGCUAUUUGGGAUGCUGAAAGAGAUUCACAGGUUGACUCAAAAACAAAUUAA